AUGACCCAUGAUCCCGCGAGUUUUCCCGAUCGUAGACUCAGGGUCAACUCGAUCGUCUUCUUCUUGCUAGAUCUCUUCAGUGUCUUUGCGUGCCCAUGUGCGUUGAGUUCUUCUUAUCUCUGCAGAUCCCAGCUGCAGCUUCUCUCCGGCCGCUUUCUUGCUCACCUACGGCGUGGGUUUAUCAUCUUUCAGUCCCCACCGGAGUAUGCCACGGCCUCUUGUCAUAUCGCUCCUCCUCGCCGCGGCGGCAGCGAGGACGGCGGCGCCGGAGCCGACUGCGGUAUCGGUAUCAGCCGCGACUGCCUCGCGCUGGGCUCAUACUACAUCACGCGGGGGCAGAACCUGAGUUACAUCUCGAGCCUCUUCGGCAUCAACGACUACCUCACCCUCGCGCCCUACACAACACAGGACGACAGCCGCAUAAACGUCUACUUCUCCUGCCGCUGCCUCGCCCUCCCGUCCGCGCCAUUCUCCACCUACCUCGCCGGAUCCUUCCCCUACAGGGUCUCGCAAGGCGGAGAAAGCUACGCCAGCGUCGCGGCCAAGUUCCACAACCUCACCACGGCCACCUUGCUGCAGCCCGCCCCCAGCAGCGUGAACGAUGUUCUUGACGCCGGCACGGUGGUGAACUUGGACGUGUCGCCGGACUACAAGCUGUUGCUUACCAACCCGCUGCUGGGUGACGGGGAGACGCCGGACUCCGUCGCGGCGAGCCACGGCUUGUCGUCUCAGGCAGAAGUAGACCUGUUCAGGAGGUAUAUGCAUUUCCAUUCAUCGACAGGUGUUAUUGCUGGCACCUCCGUAUCGGGGGCAGGCGUAAUCCUUGCCUUGUUCUUCCUCUGGUACAAGAAAUAUUACGGCAUGCUGCCACGGCAAAAUUGGUCAAGGAAUGCUCCAAGGAUUGAAUCUUUCCUGCAAAAACAAGGAACAUCACACCCUAAAAGGUACAGUUAUCAAGAUGUGAGAAGAAUGACCAAAUCUUUUGCUCACAAGCUUGGCCAAGGUGGAUAUGGAGCUGUCUACAGAGGCAACCUGGCUGAUGGCCGAUUUUGCCUGCAAGGGAGAAAAAGAGCUCUAAUCUAUGAGUACAUGCCCAAUGGUUUGCUUGAGAGAUAUACAUUUGGAAGUAUGUCUGCCGAAGGAGACAACAGUCUAUGUUGGGAUAAACCUUUUGAGAUUGUUAUCAGAAUCGGGCGAGGUUUGGAGUAUCUCCACAAUGGCUGCAACACCCGCAUUGUGCAUUUUGACAUCAAACCUCAAAAUAUCCUUUUGGAUCAGAACUUCUGUCCAAAGAUCUCAGAUUUUGGGUUAGCAAAGUUGUGCCAACAAAAGCAGAGCAAAAUCUCCAUGGUCGGGAUGAGAGGCACAAUAGGCUACAUAGCUCCUGAAGUGUUCAACAGAAGCUAUGGAGCAGUGAGCAACAAGUCAGAUGUGUAUAGUUAUGGUAUGAUGGUUCUCGAGAUGGUCGGGGCAAGGAAACAAAUUGAUGUUGGCAUAGACACUAGCAGCAACUAUUUUCCACAUUGGUUGUACGACAAAUUGGAUCAGUUCUGUGGCGCCACCAUCUCUGAGAUCGGAAGUGACACCAAAGAACUUGUGAGGAAGAUGGCCAUGUUGGCCUGUGGUGUAUCCAGUUAA